AUAUUUGUUAGAGCCUAAAGCUGACAAAGAGGAGGUUGUUAUGAAGCUCAAGAAACUGGAGUCCAGUGUGAGCACUGGCCGUAAAUGAUCAUUUUAGGUGUCCUUAACAUACUGUACAGUCCUCCUUUCCUGAGCAAAGACUGAGCCCAGAGGACGGUCAGUUGUUAAAAAAAACAGUGCUGACCUCUCACCCUGAUACAGGGAUUCUGCCUGUAAAAUCCUAUUACAUACUGAUUAAAUAACUUUUAAAUCUUGUGGGUUCUUCUUGCAGGGUUCAGACUAGGCAAUGUGGUACAUGCUGUACAGACGAUUCAGCAGAGCAUUCAUGCCACUGACCUAGUGCCCCGCAUCUGCCUAAUAUUAGCCAGCCUGAACCGUGUGAUUUAUUUCAUCUGUGAUACCAUCCUUUUUGUGAGGAGUGUAGGGCUCGCCUCUGGCAUUAACAAAGAGAAAUGGCGAAUGUGUGCUGCACGCCAUUACUACUAUUCUCUUCUGCUGAGCCUGGUCAGGGAUCUGUAUGAAAUCUCCCUGCAGAUGGAACAGGUUGCACACGACAGAGCAAAGAAGGAGAAAUCACCAUCCCAGGAUCCUCUUGUGUAUAGCGUGGCUGAUGAGGAAACAGAAUGGCUCCAAUCCUUUCUUCUUCUCUUAUUCCGAUCUCUGAAGAAGCAUCCUCCCUUGCUCCUGGACACAGUGAAGAACUUCUGUGAUAUCCUGAACCCUUUGGACCAGCUGGGGAUCUAUAAGUCCAAUCCUGGCAUUAUAGGCCUUGGAGGUCUCGUGUCCUCUAUAGCAGGCAUCAUCAUUGUGGCGUAUCCUCAGAUGAAACUGAAGACCCGCUGAGGUGGUUUCAGGCUGAAGACUAGUACCUGCUUUGAAGACAACCUGUUACUGAAAUGGACAUUUGCAUUAGGCACAGCCAUGUCAUACUAUGCUUACAGACUUAGUCACAUGAGCACUGAGUGACCUGUGAUGUGAACAGAGGUGGGGCCAAGAACGGUGGAGGGAAUAACGUGAAGAUUUAUGUGUUUUCUAGAGCGCUGGAGUGACUUCUGAAUUUCUGAGUAUUUUUUCCUUCAUCUAACAUUUAUCGAGCGUCUUUUAUGUGCAUAUUAGGAACUUAGUGGUUGCUGAAUGGAUAAAAAUUAAGAGA